GCUAUCUUGUCUAAUCCAGACUGAAUACUACUUGUACACAGUUAGUGUCUGCUCCUUGUGUAUAUUACUGCUACUUGGGAUAUUCUGUCAAGAGUCAUGACUUUGUACGGUGUCACAGUUUCUUUGUUCCUAUUAUGGUUCAUAGUAGAUGUCACAGCUCUGUCUUGCAACUUUGAUCACGGUUACUGUGGCUGGAAGCAGAGCUGGAGCGACCAACUAGAUUGGAGGAUUGGGAAAGGAGCCACCUCAGAUGCCACUUCCGGUCCAAAACAAGACCACACAUCUGGCAGAGGACAGUAUGUGUAUAUCCGAGGCGAGGACGCCCGUGACGCCAACGCACAUGCCACUCUCGUCAGCCCCUUCCUAAGAGUAACGUCUGUUAUAACCCUCACGUUCUGGUACCACAUGAACGGUAACGGAAUAGGGACGUUGUCAAUGUCGAUGCUGCCUGCAAGCGGCGGACGCUUUCUUCUGUGGCGGCUGUCUGGUCGUCAAGGCAACGAAUGGAAGCAGGCCCAAGUCAAAAUUCCCCCUGGCCUGUAUGAGGUAGAGUUGGAAGCAUCAGCGCGGCUUCAUAUUGGCAGCGACAUCGCCGUUGACGACAUUCACGUCACUCAUGAACCCCCAGAAGUGACAGGUAUCACAAGGCCUAGCACUACCACUACAACAACUACUACGACCACUACACCUACCCCCACACCUUCAACAACACCAAGACCAAAAAUAGGACUCUCUUGUGCAUUCGAGAAGGACAUGUGUGUUUGGGCUCAAGACAACGUGGACAAUUUUGAUUGGAGGCGAACCAAGGGUUUGUCUGACGACCGUUCAUCCGGACCUUUAGGAGACCACACCACCGGAAGUGGCUACUACGUGUACAUGCGUGGAGCAGACUCCAGCCACCCGGGGGAGUACACUCGCCUGACCACGCCCUUCAUAGAGGCCUACAGCCCCUCCAACAUGACCUUUUGGUAUCACAUGAACGGCGCAGGCAUUGGCACACUCAAGGUUCUCCGUCUAGGGCUUGACCACCUCACGUCAGAGCUGUUUUCCGUCAGUGGCAGACAGGGGCCCGACUGGCAUCAGGGGCAUGUCAACAUUCAGCCCGGCAGGUUUAGGAUCGUGAUUGAGGCAACGGCCAAGCUGCACUACGGUAGCGACAUUGCAAUCGACGAUAUCGUAGCCUCUGUGUUUGAAGUGUUUCCCAUGACAACAACACCAACGCCGACAACAACAACUCCAACACCACCAACAACAGCACCCAAGCCCAUCACGUGCUCGUUCGAGACUGAUAUGUGCGGAUGGUCGCAAUACAAGGGAGACAACCUGGAUUGGACUAGAUGGACGGGUGCGACCCCAGACUUUGUCUCUGGACCAACCACCGAUCAUACCACUGCACAUGGCUACUUCAUGUUCCUUGACGGUCGCCUCGUCGAGAAUAGUACUGCGACUGCUGUCCUCGUAACACAUGACCUCGAUAUCAAAACAACGUCGUCCUUGACCUUUUGGUAUUACAUGAAUGGAGCCAACAUUGGAUCUCUGCGUGUCCAGAAGCUGACGGCUGACGGCACUGUGACCACGCUGUGGAGACUAGCUGGGAGGCAGGGGCCACAGUGGUUAGAGGGGCAAGUAGCACUGCCCCUGGGAACAUACAGACUGACAAUAUCGGCAACGGCUCUUCAUCACUACGGGAGCGACCUCGCCAUUGAUGACGUCACACUAAAGACAGAUGACAACCCGGACCCAAUUGUUGGGUGACACAAAUUUCAGACAACACUGAAGCUGGACAUGUUGGAACUUUGUGCUAUGAUUGUGUUUUGAAUAUAUGUUUUGUUAUACAGAAAUAAAAUAUAAUAUAUAUA